CUCUGAAUCUGAAACUUUUCCCUUUUUCUUCCAACAGUUGCGUGUUUUUGCAUUUGACGUGUAGCCCUCUCGGGCUCCUGGCCCUUUCCUUCCCACGAACAUAUGUCGUAAUGUUGGUAGUAAGUGACUGCCAAACUUUGUUACUUCUUGAAAUCACUUGGACCUUACAACAUGGUUGUACAGCAAUCCUGUUGUGCCGCCGCGCGCUGCUACUUUGCAUCUUUUCUGAUGUCGCACAUCGAAUGAUUUCUCACCAACUAGAGGGGCAAGUGCGAAGACUGAACAUUUCUAAUCGCUGUAAGCCAAGCCAGUCAAAUCCCGCAUAACUCUGACAAAGCCUGUAACCUGAACUUUCGAACGAAAUUGUUCAGGUUUGGUAGGUAAAAACUGUAGUAGUCGCGACCGAUUCUUGCCCCGAUUUGGACGCGAUUGCUUCCUGAACGCUUUCAUGUUACUGAAAUACCAGUAGAGCGCACGUUUUCCACAGAUGUCGUGAGAAGGAGUAGGACGCCGUCUUGACCAUUCCACGCACAUGCGAGUAUGCGACAGCAAAAUUCGUGUGUGGUUGUUUUUUGGAAAACACAUACUCCAACCUGAGAGAUCAAAGCCGGUCUUGCAGUAAAGGCUCCACUAUAAUUUUUUCUUUUUUCCUUUUUCUUUUUUCUUUUGUGAGAGCACAUAGCUUUUGUCCGGUUUAAAAGAAUGAUUUUUUUUAAAAAAAAAUUCAGUUCGCAUUUUCACUAGUUUUAUUGGCAAGGAAUUACAAAUGUGACCAACUUGGGAGCAUAUUUUCCGGUAAGAAACCUGGUAAACAUAUUUGAAUCAUGUCUAGAGUCAUGAAAAGAAUCUUAAAUUAACUUAUGGCAUGCAUAUAGAUUAGCAUACACAAUCUACCACAUGACAUUUCAAUUCUAUUUUUUACGACUACAUAAAAAACAAAAGAAAUCAUGUUGUGACUAGUACCAAAUUUAAAUAUGGAACUAACAGUAUCCUGGUGGAACUAUUCAGGGACGAAUUGAUAUUUUUUCUGAAGUUGUGUACUAUGUAUCAAUUUUGGACCUAAAAAUUAUUCCGUCAUCUUGAGGUGCUACACCAACCGGUAUGCCACCGUGGAGCGCAACAGCUAGGAUAUGGAUGAAGUUCUUUUUUUUUUGCAUCAACGCGACCUAGAGGGCUGUGGCACAACUAACGUCAAGAUGGCAACGAGUAUCCGUUACAUGGCCUUCAUCCACUUCUAGGCCUCGCACGAUCCAGGCGCCACCAGCCACCUCAUUUGCUGUUGCUAACUUAUUGGGAUAAAUCGGUGGUCGGAUAUGAGAAAAAAUUAUGCUGACGGCUAGUAUAUGCACAUCUUUUUUUUUAGCAAAUGAGUAUAAAGCCCGGUAGCAAAACUCCAAGUCGGGGCCGGACCUGAGGCCCAGGCUGAUCUGGCUAUUAAAAAUAAUCAAUUAUGAUAAAAAAAAUGAAUUUUUGGAUCUAUCUAUUAUUCCCUCCGUUUCAUAAUUCUUGUCUCAAAUUUGACUAAAAAUAGACGUAUCUAUUCUUAAAAAAAUCUAGAUCUUACAUGCCAGCACGCCGGGCUUGGGACCGGGCCGGUCAUGCCUAGAUCUUACAUGCCAUUCUUACCAUCUUGAGCUGGCGCGUCGCCAGUCGGCCAGUGCUCUCGACUGUCAUGUGCCGUACGUCCUGCAGUGCCCACCCAACCGGCCAACCCUCUCACCCAAACCUCGCUUGGUACCUCGUGCUUAGCGCACGGCAUAUAAACGGGGAGGCAACCAAACCAGCCAAAGCCCCACACCAACCGUGCCAGCAGCGCAGAACCCUCGAGCCAAAACAGAGCAGAAACCGGCCAUGACUCUCCUCUGCCUCAUCAUCCUGCUCGUGCUCUCCCCGGUCGCUUCCCAUGGCGACGACACUUACAACAGCCGCCGCACCCCAACGUGCCAGCUCGAGCCUUCCGUCUGCGGCGAUCUCAGCAUCAAGUACCCGUUCUACCUCUACAACGAGACAGAGAAGGCGCCCCCUCCGGAGCACUCCUACUGCGGCUACCCGGGCCUGGCCAUCCUCUGCGACGACGACGGCAAGCCCACGCUCCGCCUCGACCGCGACGACUACACGGUCUCCUCCAUCGACUACGCCAGCCUCACCGUCUCCCUCGCCGACGCCGACAUCCUCGACGGUGGCGAAGCCUGCCCUAAAGCCGGCCACAACGUCACCAUCCCCAAGGCCUUCCAUCUGCCCACUUCCACCAUCGCCUACCUCUUCUUCUUCACCGGCUGCGCAUUCGCGCCGGACGCCGAGUUCCUUCCGGAGCCCAAGCCGGCGCGCAAGCCGCCGAGUAUCAAGCCGAUCACCUGCGCCGGGAGCUCUGGCGAAGCAGAGCCUACCAUGUCCUUCGUGCUGCCGGAGCGCGAGGUUCCGCCGAAGCCCAAAGGAUGGUGGCAGGCGUGCCAGUCGGUGUACAGGGCGCCCGUGCUCAGUGACGCCGUCCCGGAAGGCGCAGCGCAGGACCCCGGGUGGAGGGAAGGCGGGUACGCCAAGGCGCUCCGCGGGGGGUUCCAGGUGAGCUGGGAAAGGAUCGGCUCCGGACCCUGCGCCCGGUGCGAGAGAUUCGAUGGGAGGUGCGGAUACAACGGCACCGGCGAGUUCUUGGGCUGCUUCUGCGGCGGUAAUGGCGCCCUGGUGGACGCCGACGGCUGCAGCAAGGUCUCAGGCUCCGCCGCGACACGGUCCGGAAAGAAGAUAAACAAGAUAAACAUAGCAGCAAUAGCAGGUGGUGCGGCAGCCGGUGUCGGUGCGCUGCUUAUUGCUGGCGUGAUAGCCGUUUUCUUCAUCCGCAAGAGAAAGCAGAGGAAGGUGACCUCGUCUUCAAAGCUCCUCAAGUACAGCGGCUCUGGCGGGACCCCUACACGUUCCAGGGGCAGCGACAUGGAGUCCGGCAGCGUCCAGGACAUGGGCAACCGAUUCAGCUACGAGGAGCUCGAGGAGGCAACCGAUUCCUUCAACGAAAAGAGAGAGAUCGGCGACGGCGGCUUUGGCACCGUCUACAAAGGAUACCUGGCAGACGGGCGAGUGGUGGCGGUGAAGCGGCUGUACAACAACAGCUACCGGCGCGUGGAGCAGUUCGUGAACGAGGCGGCCAUCCUGGCCCGGCUGCGCCACCCGAACCUGGUCAUGUUCUACGGCUGCACCUCAAAGGAGAGCCGCGAGCUCCUCCUGGUCUACGAGUUCGUCCAGAAUGGCACGGUGGCCGACCACCUCCACGGCCACCGCGCGGCAGAGCGUGCCCUCCCGUGGCCGCUCCGUCUCAACAUCGCCGUUGAGUCCGCCGCCGCACUCACAUACCUCCAUGCCAUCGAGCCGCCCAUCGUGCACCGUGAUGUCAAGACCAACAACAUCCUCCUCGACGCCGACUUCCAUGUGAAGGUCGCCGACUUUGGCCUUUCCCGCCUCUUCCCCCUCGACGCCACACACGUCUCGACCGCUCCCCAGGGCACCCCAGGGUAUGUGGAUCCAGAGUAUCACCAGUGCUACCAGCUCACCGACAAGAGCGACGUGUACAGCUUCGGGGUCGUCCUCGUGGAGCUCAUCUCAUCGAAGCCGGCUGUAGACAUCACCCGUCAGCGCAACGAGAUCAACCUGGCCGGCAUGGCCAUCAACAGGAUCCAGAAGUGCCAGCUCGAGGAGCUCGUGGACCUCGAGCUUGGCUACGAGUCCGAUCCAGCGACGAGGAAGAUGAUGACUAUGGUGGCCGAGCUGGCGUUCCGGUGCCUCCAGCAGAACGGCGAGAUGCGCCCGCCGAUCAAGGAAGUGCUCGAUGUGCUCAGGGGCAUACAGGAGGGAUGCGUGGUGGAGAAAGACGGCAAAGACAAGAAGGACCUCGUUGCGCCCUUCUCUCCUAACACGGUUCAUGCUCCGUGGGACAGCAGGACCACUACUCCUAACACUAGCCAGUGACGCAGCCGAGCAGAUUAGAUCAGUGUUUGCAGCCAAUUUUUAUUUCAUGUUUGUAGUAUGCUUACUACUGAGAGCUGCUUGAUUUGCCGUGUAUGAGCGGCCCGACAUUUCUUUUUCCCUUCCAGGUGAUGUAAAUAUAUGUUUGUUGGCUACCAGAGCAGAGGCAGUGUCCAUGAGUGGCGUGUUGAUGAUACAUUUGAAUAUAUAGAUUUUUAGAGAUA